AUGGCCUCCUCGAACGGCGUUAAGAGAAAGAGCGCCCCCGCCGGCAAGGGUGCCUCCGACGGGAAGUUCUCAAAGAAGGCCAAAAUUGACUCGACGAAGAAGGCGGAGCCGGUCGAGACCCUCGAGAGCGAUAACGAGGACGAUUUCGACAACGAAUCUCUGGACUCGGAUGAUGGAGGCGUUCAAUUGAAUCCUCGUGACAGGGCGCAGCAGGCUCAGGCCAAGGGCAAGAAGGAGGGUGCCAACGGUGCCGACAAGAACAAGGCUUUUGAGAGAGGCCAGAACUCGAGAGAGUCCCACGCCAUCCAGAAGAAACUGGCCCUCGAGCGCAAGGCCGCGAAGCCUCUCGCCGACGAGCUGGCACGAACCAAGAAAAUCUGGGAGAGGCUGCGGAGGAAGUCCCAUGUGCCGUCUGAGGAGCGGAAGCAGCUGGUUGACGAGCUCUUCACCAUCAUCACCGGCCGGAUCAAGGAAUUUGUUAUGAAGCACGAUGCCACGCGCGCCGUUCAGACUGCCCUUAAGUAUGCCACCGCCGCACAACGGAAACAAAUCACCCGUGAGCUGCAGGGAACCUACACUCAGCUGGCGGAGAGCCGUUACGCCAAGUUCCUCAUCGCCAAAAUGGUCGUGCAAGCCGACGGCGAGAUCAAAGACCUCAUCAUCCCCGAGUUCUACGGCAAGGUGCGCAAGUUGAUCAACCACCCUGAGGCGUCAUGGAUUUUGGACGACAUCUACCGGCAAAUCGCGACGAAGGAGCAAAAGGCCAUCCUUUUGAGGGAAUGGUACGGGCCCGAGUUCGCUCUCCUGGAGCGUAGUAAGGACGAGAAGCCGACCUCGGACCUGGCCGAGAUCCUCGAGAAGAACCCCAGCAAGAAGCAGCCCAUCCUGAAGAGCCUGCACGACAUGAUCAACUCGCUGGUCCAGAAGAAGAUGACCGGCUUCACCAUGUUGCAUGACGCAAUGCUGCAAUACUUCCUAAACAUCAAACCAGGCACCGAGGAUUUCAACCUGUUCGUUGAGAUGAUCAAGGACGACGAGGAGGGAGAUCUGCUGAAGAACAUGGCCUUCACUCGCUCCGGGUCCCGGUUGGUGGCGUUGCUGCUGGCCAACGGUACCUCCAAGGACCGUAGAAAUCUGCUUAAGGCCUACAAGGACAACUUCGUUUUGAUGUCGGGCGAUGCUUUUGCCCAUAUCGUCAUCCUCACAGCCUUCGACGUGAUUGACGACACAAAGAUGACAUCGAAGGCCAUCUUCCCCGAACUCAUUGGCGACGGCAAGGAGACGGCAACAGAUAACAUUGUCGUUUCUACAACAAAUCCCUACGCGAGGGCCACCCUUCUGUACCUGUUGGAGGGGCAGUCCAGAGCACUCUUCCCCGCGAACAUGAGCGAGAACUUGGCCAUCCUCAAGGAGGUCCACGAGAUCCGCCAGGCAACUAGCAAGAAGGAUGCCGAGGUGCGAAGAAAGGAGUUGGUUGCUGUCAUUUCACCGGCGCUGAUUGAGGCCGUCGUCUCGGCGGCGCCGGCUUUGGUAGCAGACCCUUUCGGCUGCCAGCUGGUUGCGGACGUUCUACUCUCCGCCGAGGGCGACAAGACGGCCGCCCUUGAGGCUGUCGCAGCGGUUGCCGAGGGCGACCCGAGCGCGGAGCCCAUGGAGGUGGAGGGCAUCACUACUCCUGUUCACGUCUCCCGGACACCGUACGGAGGCCGGUUGAUCAAGACUCUCAUCGCGGGCGGCAAGUUCAACAAGGAGACCGGCAAGGUCGAGCCCGUUGAGCCGCCAUUGAAGUUCGCCGACAUCCUGUACCCGGUCAUCAAGGACUACAUCUUGGAUUGGGCAACAGGGCCGAGUUCCUUUGUUGUGCUCAACAUGAUGGAGGCCGAGGACUUUAGCCAUGCGUCCGCGUUAAAGAAGACGCUCAAGAAGCACAAGAAGGCUCUCGAGAAGGCGGCGACGGAAGAGACUGCCGAGCAGAAGGAAAGCAAGGAGGCCAUGGCCCAGAAGGAGAGGGAAAAGAGCGAAAAGGGAGCGAAGAAGGGUAAAAAGGGCGGUGCGAAGUCGGACAAGCCUGUGGGCAACCUUGGGAGCAAGCUUCUGUUGGAGAAGUUGUAA